GCGGCGGCCAUCGAUUCCCUCGGCUUGCCCUGCCGCCCCGGUGCCGGGCACAUCCCGGUAUCCCGGUGCCGAACACAUCCCGGUGCCGGGCACGUCGCGGUGCCGCUUCCGCGGUCCUGGCCGGGGGAUGUAGAAGAACGCGCGGCCGAAGGCACCCGGGCAGCGCCGCCGCUUGUCGCCUGCAAGGGCGGGCGCAGCCGCGGCCGUGUGGCUGCGCGGGAGACCGGGAAGGGGCACGGCUGCUCCCCGCCCGCCGCCGGCCCCGCCCGGCUCGCCGUGCCUUUGGCGUGUGCCUGCCCGUGCCGCGGGGCCAUGGAGCGCGUGUUCACGCCGCUGGAAUGCCUCCUGCCCGCCGGGAACCUGAAGUUUUGCCUUCUGAUUCUGAACCAGCCUUUCAACAAAGGUCAUUUCCAUUGUCUGUGGAGCAGAGCUGCCCUGAGAGCUUGUGCUGAUGGAGGUGCCAAUCAUCUCUACCACAUCACAGAAGGGAGCCAGGAAAGCUUUUUACCUGAUUACAUCAGUGGUGAUUUUGAUUCCAUUCAGCCUGAAGUCAAAGAGUACUACAAAGUCAAGGGCUGUGAGUUAAUUGAGACCAUGGAUCAGGACCUCACAGAUUUCACCAAGUGCCUUCAAAUACUCCAGAAAAAGAUAGAGAAGAAGGGCCUUCAGGUCGAUGUGAUUGUGGCUUUGGGUGGACUUGGAGGACGCUUUGACCAAACAAUGGCAUCGGUGGAAACACUUUUUCUUGCAACAAAUAUCACUCCUUCUCCCGUGAUAAUUAUCCAGGAGUGCUCACUGAUUUACCUGCUUCAACCUGGCAAGCACCAGCUGCAUGUGGACACAGGACUGGAGGGCUCCUGGUGUGGCCUCAUCCCCAUCGGGAACCCCUGCGAGAGUGUGACCACGACAGGCCUUAAGUGGAACCUCACUAACCAGGUGCUGAAGUUUGGAACGCUCGUCAGUACUUCCAACACCUAUGACAGCUCCGGGAUUGUGACCAUUGAGACGGACAAACCCUUGCUGUGGACAAUGGCUAUCAAGAGAUAAGCUCAGCUACAGAUGCCAUUUCUGAUCUGACACAACUCAAAUUACUACAAAAUUUCACUGAAUUAAGACAGUAAAGCUGCUACAAGAUACAAGCAAGCACUGAUUUUCUGUAUUGAAUAUAAAAAAGUCUAAUAUAAAAGUCACUUGAGAUUGAAUAAAAAUUACUUGCAGUAAUAGCGUACUUCAUUCUGGUAAAUCACACUACUUCAUCAGAAGAUGCAUGAGCAGCCAUUCAGUACAACCACAAAUCAAAAUGAAUGUAAAGAAACUGCUGCUGCUUAUCUGGUUAGUUCAGGCUACUUUUACGAAGUAUUUUAUUCCAAUAGUUAACUAUUUUUCCCCUCAUGCCAAAAGGAAAUAUAGUACCAAGUUGCACAUAGUAUAACUGUAUGACAAGGUGAUAGCACCAAGAUUAACUAACCUCAUUUUUCUGUCCUGGUUUGUAACAUAUGUAGGUGCUGGUGAAGAUUUCUCAAGAAUAAUAAUUGAACUUUACUACUUAGGGAGCAAGUUGGUGUAUCAGGUGUCCCAGUAUUAAGUGCUUUUAAAGUCUGUAACAGAAGUACCAUUGUACCUUCUGCAAAUACCAAAUGCUUACAGUAAGAUUUUUGAAGUGAAUUAAAUGUCUUUUAUCUCAA